CUGUGUUGGAUGCAACAUUUUGCUCAUGUGAGUACGAGUGUAUAGGAUAGAACCAUCUAAUUGUGGCACUAUAGCUUAUCCUAAGCCCAGAAAGGUGCUACUGUUCCCUUCAUACAAUGCGGUGUUUUGAUAUAAAACUACAUUCCCAUAAGAAACCAACUAGUUACUAAAAACAAAAAUAAAGCCCCGUACAAUGUGGUAAAUGUCAGAUGGGUUGUUUGGAAAGGUCAGGAGACUCUUAUACUCCAUUAUUUCAAUGGAGCUUGCAUUAAAAGAGUACAUUGUUUGUCUAGGGGAUAAGGCUGUGUCUGAUUAAGAACAGCAGAGCUUUAUAGAGUAUAUUUUUAAAUGGGAACACAGGAACUAAAGCUUUGAUUAGUGUCAUAUAUGGGAAAAGUUUGCCUCAGAGACUCAACUGCUGAAACAAUGGGAAACCAUGUCAAGCACUAAAGCAAAGACUGACAUCACCAGCCAGGAGAGCAGCUUAGCAAUUAGUGGGAGGGAAGGAAGCCAGCAUAGAAGUGGAAAUGGUAUGGGGAACGCAGCUGAAUGAAAAAGGUUUAGACUGCACUGUUAGGAAAGUUCACCAAACCACAGCCUUUGGGUUUGUCAGGGUAUGCAGAGCAUUUUCUGUUCCCUGACUCUGACACUCUUAGAAAGAAAUGUGAUUGCUUUUGAGACUUCUGCUAUCCCUGAUGCUAAACAAAAUUUUUUGUUUCUUGGAAAUCAACAUAUUGCAGUGGCCCCUGGAAUUCGAGGAAUCCUGCAGUGUUCUGAAAGCUGGAGUGAAAGUGGAGAUUCAGGACUGAGAGCUUAAGAAGCAGCAUGGGCUGACACUUCUCCAGUUCCUCUUCUUACCGUGAAUCCAGUAAGAUGCGAACUGAGGAGAAGGACGGCAGGUAGUGGAUUGCAGGUAGGGACCACACAUCUCGAAAGACUUCCAGUUAUAGUACCUCUUCUGGAUAAUAAAGGACUGACACCAACCGGCUCAAAAGAAAGACUGAAAAAUAAUGCCUGUGACAGACAGUGGAGAGGACUUAACUAUGCAUCUAGGUACCAAAACCAAGGAAGGGGUUGUGCACAGCGUGAGUUCAGUUGCUGAGAAAACCAAAGAGCAGGCCAAUGUGGUGGGUGAAGCUGUUGUGGCCAGCGUGAACACAGUGGCAAGACAGACUGUAGAAGGAGCAGAGAACAUUGUAACCACUACUGGGAUUGUAAAAAAGGAUGAGUUAUCUCACCCAGAGCACCCUACAGAACCAGCUGCUGCAGAAGAAGAGACCCCAGCAGAAGCCAUAAAAGCCAUUGGAGAGCGUGAAAUUGAAGCCAUUUAAUCAAUUUCAGGACUACUAGUGUGAACGUGAGAAUUCCAGGAGUACACACUGAAAUGUUAGUAGACACCAUAGUAGGGAAAUCAUCCUUCCCAUAGGCUAACUACUUUCAGCGCUAUAGCCUUUCACAUGCCUCGCUAACGUAUCAUACAAUAUAUGUAUGUCAGACUCUUGAUUCUAUGUAUAUGGAAACUGUUCACUACCGUCUGUCUCUCUCUAAGCAUCUCUAUCUCCUUUGUGGCUUUUUACCUACCCAUCUUUGAGUGUUCUGACUGUCUGGUUUGUUAGCAAAUGACAUAUUGUGGUUAAAAUCACUGGUCAAUGUCUUAUCUCUAUUUGCAUCAGCACUUGGAAUCCCUAGGUAUGAUGAAAAUGAUUUUUUUUUAAACUACAAAAUAAAAGUGUUUGAACUACU